AUGAACGAUGGACAACCACCGGACACAGUGGAGCCAAACAAAAACCCAGAAGACGAGGACAAUGGUCUGGAUUGGCUCCUCAGAGCGAACAGCGCAGAGAUUAUUCCGACACCUAUGGAUACCAAUGUCUUAACGUCCAGACAAAAUAAUACAACUGUAGACAGCAUUUACAGUCCAGCAUUCACCAGGGAGAGAGUCUUUGCAGCAGCAUCCCAGGGAGACCCAACUCAACUGGAUGGCCUGCUUGACUACCUGCAAGUUAAUGAUAAGCAACUUACGAGCCCAGAAUUCACAGAUAACACAAAUGGGAAGACGGCACUCCUGAAAGCUUUGCUUAAUCUAAAAGAUGGCAAAAACAACACCGUUGAAGUCCUUCUUGACAUCGCCGAGAAAACUUCAGACUUAGAAGAUUUUAUCAACGCAUCUUACAAAGAUCCUUGCUACAAAGGUCAGACAGCCUUGCACAUCGCCAUUGAAAGAAGGAGCUUCGAUCAUGUGAAACUGCUGGUCCAGAAAGGAGCAGAUGUGCAAGCCAAAGCCAAUGGGAAGUUCUUCCAGCGUAAAGCAGGACUGGGCUUUUAUUUUGGAGAGCUUCCUCUGUCACUGGCUGCCUGCACCAACCAACCCAAUAUCGUGUCCUUCCUCAUGGAAAACUCUUACAGAAGAGCUGUCUCGACUGACAAAGACUCGCAAGGAAAUACCGUCUUGCACGCCUUGGUUGUCAUAGCAGACAACACGCCAGAAAACACAGAUAUGAUUGCAAAGAUGUAUGACGAAAUCCUAAUUCAAUACAACAGACUUGAGAAAAAACAGGAAGUACAGUUGGAAACGAUUGAAAAUAAUAAGGGGCUGAAUCCCCUGAAGUUAGCAGCCAAGCUUGGCAAGAUCGGGCUGUUCAAGCACAUGUUGCAACGGGAAUUCAAGGAUGAUGAGAUGAGGCCGCUGUCCAGGAAGUUGACAGAAUGGGUCUAUGGACCGGUUCACUCCUCGCUUUAUGACAUGAGUUCCAUCGACACCAACGAAGAAAACUCUGUGUUGGAGAUAGUCAUCUUCGGGAGUGAAAUUCCGAAUCGUCCCGAGAUGCUCCAGAUCGAGCCUCUGCGCAGUCUCCUCGAGGAUAAGUGGGACAGGUUUGCUUCCAAAUUAUUCUGGAUCAAUUUCUUGGUUUACCUGAUCUACCUGAUCAUCUUCACCUCUGUGGCCGUCUACAGAAAGGAUGGACAGCCCCCGUUUCCCAUUGAAAAUGUCCCGAUUGAGUACUUUCGCUGCAUCGGCGAGCUCCUCAGUGUCCUUGGAGCAGUGUGGUUUUUCUAUAAAUCGAUAACUAUUUUCAAGAGGAAGCCCCCGACCUUCAAGACUCUUUACAUGGAUGGAUUCUGUGACAUUCUAUUUUUCCUGCAGGCAACACUCCUUCUUAUCGGCACAGUUUUGUACGGCUGCGGGCGGAGAGAAUACGUUGGACUCCUCGUGCUCUCGCUGGCUCUUGCCUGGAUCAAUGUGCUUUACUACUUAAGAGGCUCCAAACAAAUGGGGAUGUACGGUGUCAUGAUUCAAAGAAUGAUCCUGGGGGACAUAUUUCACUUUUUAUGCGUCUAUAGUGUCUUGCUUUUAGGAUUUGCUGCUGCUAUUCUUGCUCUCAUAGACGACUCACCUCCAGAUCCUUUAAAUCUCCCCAAUGGCACACUCGCACAUGGAAGCUUGAACGUUGAGACAUUGUGCAAUAAGCCAAGUUACAAUGACAUCCAAUUUACAAUACUGGAAUUGUUCAAGUUCACAAUUGGAAUGGGAGACCUGCAGUUCACGGACCAUGUUGAGUACAGGGAGGUUUUCUACAUCUUGCUCAUCUUGUACAUAGCUCUCACUUACAUCCUGCUGCUCAACAUGCUCAUAGCUCUGAUGGGCAACACAGUCGAAAGAAUCUCCAAAGAAAGCGAAAACAUCUGGAACCUGCAGCGGGCUUCUACAAUUCUGGACAUGGAGAGGACUCUGCCUAGGUGCCUGACGAACAAGCUCCACUCCAGGGUGUCGAAGAAAGUGUGUUUCAGAGGCAAGCAGGACGAGAGUCGUAGAUUUUUCAGGGUGGAGGAAAUGAAUUGGAGACAAUGGAGGUCAGAUGUUGGAUACAUCGGGGAGGAAGACCCUGGGGAUUGUUUGAUGCAGCUACAGCAUCACAAGCCGACUCCUGGGAAUCGGUGGAACCUGAAUCCAUUCUUGGACAAGAUUCUUGUCAGACGUCAACGACAGCGCUCCAGCAUACCCUAGUUCAGCAGAGCAUCAACAUCCAGAGCCCAAUCCAUUUUACCAGGGUUGAAAACCUAAACAUUCAGAUGAACAUUUAAUUUAAGAAUGUAUUUACAGCCAGAUAAUCAAAUAUAAUCUAUACUGUGUACCAUUAACUACAGGGGAUUAGUGUUUUGAACGUUAGUUUGUAAGCAGGUCAUGUCUGUAGAAUGUCUUAUCUAAUCAAGUUAAUAUUAACUAGGAGAGAAA